AUGGCUCAAGCUGAAACGCCAGCAGGUCCGGACAACAAAACGACCCGAGAUGGAUACAGAGAAAAGACAGCCGCUAUCAAUCCCGAAGCUCGUUCCCUGCUUCAGUCGUACAGUAACCUCGCCCCAGAAGAGAUCUCCCGGCAUGUUCUUACCCUACGUGAUGAAGCGUUUGCUGUAUACAAAUAUUCUUGUAUCGGCCAGAUGAGGUUCCUAUCAUUCAACCUCUCACGCAUGCCAUUUUAUCCCCGCCUUCUCGAAUUACUGAAAUCUUCCCCUGGUGGUGGGUUUCUGGACGCCGGAUGCUGUUUUGCACAGGAGAUCCGCUUCCUGGCAAACGAGGAGAGCGUUUUCAUCGACCUCGGGUAUCGAUUGUUUCUGGAUAAAGGCAAGUUGGGAGCCACAUUCAUUACCGGUGACUUGACCGAGCUCGAUGAGGCCACUUAUCAAAGCAGACCAUUGGCAAGAGAACUGGGGAAUAAGAUGAUAGCCAUCUUUGCAUCAUCCCUUUUCCAUAUGUGGGAUUAUGAAGACCAACUCUUGGUUGCUGGGAGGAUGGUGGCCAUGUGUGUAAGCAAACCCGGUGUUAUGAUUACCGGUCGUCAAUUGGGAAGCCACCUUGGUGGACGGUAUCCGAUGACUGGUAUGUGUAAGGAUGGGGACAAGUUCAAGAGUUAUCGGCAUAACGAGCAGACUAUCCGAGGUUUCUGGCAUGAGGUCGGUGAAGCAACCGGUACACAGUGGACCGUUGACGCUGGUACGUAUUCGGGCGAAGAGAUGGAACAAGUCAGGAACGCACCUUUUGCAGAGCCAAAUAUGUGUAUGAUUUGGUGGAGUGCUAUGCGGAAAUAG